AUGAGUCUAUUGCAUCCAAAGAACAAGCGUAGACAGGCACGCCCCGAAUUAACUGACGAGCAGAAACUGGAAAUCAAGGAGGCAUUUGAGUUAUUUGAUACCGACAAGGACCAGGCACUUGAUUACCAUGAACUCAAAGUGGCCAUGCGGGCACUAGGAUUUGAUGUAAAGAAGGCCGAAGUGCUCAAGAUUUUACGAGAAUUCGACAAGGGCGGCCAUGGACUUAUUGAAUUUGAUGAUUUCAAUAAAGUUAUGACGGAACGAAUCCUUGAUCGAGAUCCUAUUGAAGAGAUCCGUAAAGCCUUCCAGCUGUUUGAUGAUGACGGUACCGGUAAAAUAUCUCUACGUAAUCUGCGACGUGUUGCCAAAGAGAUUGGUGAACAGUUGGAUGAUGAGGAGUUGCAGGCUAUGAUUGAUGAGUUUGAUCUUGAUCAAGAUGGUGAAAUCAACGAGAACGAGUUCAUUGCAAUCAUGUACGUUGAUCAACUCGUUGUUUUGUGA